CCAACCGCCAAUUCUUCUUUCUGGGUGGGCAGGGGCACGACUCCAAUUGUUCUCCGUCGAUGUCAUCAUUGCUUCGCAGAAAAAUGAUACUAGAUGGCUGGCGGCACCAUUGUGUUGUUGCUCCAUCCCUAGUUACUCCCUUAGGUAGUCGCAAAUUGGGAAGCUGGCUGGCUGCACGUACCAACCUGGGCCAAGGGGGGCCAAGGCUUUUCGGCCCGCUGCGUGUGUUGCGUUUCGAAGCAAGGCACAGCGUAACAAGGGGGGGCCCUCUCUCCGGGAGGGAUCCAUCCCCUCAGAAUGGGAGAGAGAGAGAGAGAGGGUGGCUGCACGGAGUACGGGGCAAACGUUGCGUCAUCAUGGGACUUGAGUCAAAGCAAUGAUCAACGAGGCGUCGCGCCGCCGCCCGCCCACGAGGGGGAAGCCAGGCAGGCAGACGGACGGACAAUGAGCGAGGGCUACUGUGCCAGAAUGGUCUUUCACAACGGACGGGGCCACGAGGCUGGGGCCCGCCGCCGCCGCGGGUUGGAGCAGGGCGAGGAGAGGCGGAGAGGAAAGGAGGCUCUUUUGUCAAUUGCCGCAAGGCUUGUCCCAAGGGGGGUUUCCCCCGAGAUGGGAUGAUAGCUGAUGAUAGUGAUGAUGCCGGCAGCCGUGUCACCACCAGAGAUGUGCCUGGGC